GAAGUGCAAGACGUGAUCAACGAUGAGAAGCACUGGUGGUUUGGCGGCGGCACUGAUAUGACACCCUAUAUAUUGCACGAAAACGAUUGCAUUCAUUUCCAUAAGACGCUGAAGAAUGCUUGCGAUCUACAUAAUAAUCAAUAUUACAGCAAGUUUAAGAAAUGGUGCGAUCAGUACUUCUAUAUAAACCAUCGCCAAGAAAGCCGAGGAAUCGGUGGUCUAUUCUUUGAUGAUAUGGAUUAUCCGAACCAAAAAGAGGCCUUUAAUUUCGUCAAAUCGUGCGCCGAUUCUAUAAUACCUUGUUAUAUACCGGUUGUCGAGAGGAAUGUGAAUAAAGGCUAUUCAUAUGCGGACAGACAGUGGCAACUCUUACGGCGCGGAAGGUACGUUGAGUUCAACCUGAUCUACGACAGGGGCACUAAGUUUGGUCUCUUCACGCCCGGCGCCCGAUACGAGAGUAUUCUCAUGUACGUUGAGUUCAACCUGAUCUACGACAGGGGCACUAAGUUUGGUCUCUUCACGCCCGGCGCCCGAUACGAGAGUAUUCUCAUGUCAUUGCCAUUAGUGGCCAAAUGGCAAUACAGUCACUCACCAGAAGCCGGUACUAAAGAAGACCAACUCAUUCAAGUGCUCAGAAACCCUAAGGAAUGGGUCUAAAAGUCAUCGUUAUAUUAAACUAGAUUUUAUUGUUUCCGAA